AUGAGCGAAGAGAGAGAUGCAAAAGUGAGAUGCAUCGAGAGCGAGAGAGAAGCUCUUCUUAGCUUCAAGAAUGGCACCAUCGACGAGGAUGGUUUUCUCUCGUCGUGGCGAAGCAACGAAUGCUGUGAAUGGGAUGGUGUUGAGUGCAGCAACACCACUGGUCAUGUCAUCGCCCUCAAAUGUCAUAAUUUUGGAUUGCAAGUUGGAAUGAUUUCGGAGGCAUUCCAAUCCCGGAAUUCAUUGGAUCCAUUAAAACAGUUGCAACACUUGUCUCUUCAUGAUUCUAAUUUUUCUGGGGUUGUUCCUCCACAGUUUGGAAACCUUACCAAUCUACGCUCACUUGAUCUCUCGUUUAACUCUUUGACUCCAAUGUCUCUUUCUAUACUUGGUUUUGUGUUGGAAUCACUCCAAAUACUAACCUUGUCUGGAAAUCAAUUCAACGGAUCAAUCCCAGACCUGAGACCAUUUCCUUCGUUGACACACUUGGACCUCUCCGGAAACAACUUUACAGGUCCCGUUCCUCUGAGUCUUGGCCAACUCUCCGAGCUUCAAAAUCUAGAUCUUUCUUUUAAUUCUUUGGAAGGUUUAGUGUCUGAAUCCCACUUCAUUAAGCUUGAUAAGUUAAAGUCCUUAGAUUUAUCCUACAAUCCAUUAUUGAACUUGGAUAUUGCCCCUGAUUGGAGUCCUCCUUUUCAGUUGAGUAUUAUAUCUUUAGCUGAGUGCGAUGUGGGUCCAUAUUUUCCAAAGUGGAUACGAUCUCAGAGGAAUUUGUCAUCCCUUGAUCUCACUAGUGCCAAUAUAAGAGAUGAAGUCCCUAUAUGGUUGUGGAAUACGUCUUCCUUAUUAAAUGUCUUAAGUCUCUCCGACAAUCAAAUAAGUGGUACGAUUCCGAAUCUCUCAUCCACCUCCAUCAUGUUUAUGGAUGUUAGUUACAAUCAAUUCUCAGGUCCUAUACCAUUAUUUCCUGCAACUACUUAUGAGAUUAUGAGUGGAAAUAUGUUUUCCGGGUCAAUUUCAUCUAUUUGUGAAACACACCACGAUCAGCUUGAGACUCUUCGCCUCUCCAAUAAUCUGUUGGAAGGACAGGUUCCCAACUGCUGGGAGAAAAUGCCGGGAUUAAACUCCAUCAAUUUGGCUAACAACAAAUUUACAGGUGAAAUACCUGCCUCGUUGGUCGAGUUACGAAACCUUGGUGCCCUACAGAUGCAUGGUAAUAAUUUAUCUGGUGAGUUGCCUUAUAGUUUGAGACAUUGCCAAGCAUUGAGAAUCAUUGAUGUUGAAGGGAACAAGUUAACAGGAGAGAUCCCCACUUGGAUUGGCCAGUUGCAUAGCAUGCUAAUUCUAAAUCUUCGUGGAAAUAAAUUGCAUGGCAGUAUUCCUUCCCAGAUAUGCAAUCUUACAAAUAUUCAAAUUCUGGAUUUGUCGAUAAAUAACUUUUCUUCGAUAAUACCUGAUUGCUUCAACAAUUUUACUGUCUUGUCUAGAAAGUAUAUCCAAAAUCUAGAAUUUGAUGAAAUUCUUUUUGUUUCGCUAGACCUUAUGAAUGGAAAUAAGCACAAUGGAUAUUCAUCAUUUCAAUGGAAAGGCAAGGAAUCGGAUUAUUGGAAUAAUGUCAAAUGGCUCAAACUCAUUGAUUUUUCUAGCAAUAGAUUGACCGGAAACAUUCCCAAAUCGUUUUCCACUAUGAGGGGAUUAAUAUCCUUGAAUCUAUCAAGAAAUAGUUUGACAGAUAUAUAA